AUGGGAAAGGCAGGGCUGCACUUGCCCAAACGUGUCGCGUCGUCGCUGAUCAACAUACGCAAUGGUACCUUCUUUCGCGAACAUCCUGCCUCCGUUGCUGAUGCCUAUCGCAACCCACCUCUCUUCCCCAACCUGAACUUCCAGGUACCUCUGAUCGAAGAGCACCAAGGCCAGGCGCGGUGGCCGCCGCGAAGCAAAGAGCACUGGGCUGUCAUCUCCGCAAAGGGCGGCACUGCGUUACUCGAGAUUCUACGCGGCGCCCAUUUCUGCGAACCGCUCAGCGCGAGGACGUUCCCAUACCUCACUUCCGACGCCGUACCCGAGGAUCAUCGCACCCUACGCAUUCCGUCACGAGCAAUUCAGUAUGUCGGAUUCAAUCCUGGGCAAGGCAACGCCCUCGGAGCUGGCAUUCAAGGUGCCUAUCUCAGUGCUCGCUAUGAGAGCCGGCGCUUGACAGCAGAGGAAAGCGACUGGACCGUUAGACAGUAUUUGAAAGGCCAGACCACACUCAACCCUACGCAGCAAGAUGAAGAGUCUGUCAUUGACGAUGCUUCUGUCAACCAGGUCGUCACUGACCUGCGACUGCACAAAUUGCUUGACAUGCCGGUCAGUAAUCUGAGCAAUGGUCAGACACGGAGAUCCAGGAUUGCCAAAGCUCUGCUCAGCAAGCCCCUACUAUUGCUUCUCGAUGAUCCUUUCAUGGGCCUGGAUCCACCCACUCUUGUCAAACUGUCGCCUAUGCUGAGAGAUCUGGCAUAUGCAUCGGCGCCCUUGCUGUUGCUGUCACUCCGGCCGCAAGAUCCGAUUCCAGACUGGAUCACCCACCUUGCGGUCGUUGGCGAUGAGUAUAGCAUCUCGUCAAUCGGUACAAAGGAGUUUGUUCUGGCCCGUCAUGCGUUCUGGCUUGACACAUAUGACAAUCCUGAUCGAUACUCUGCCAAUGCAACCAUACUACCGCUCGUCAAGAAAUUGACGAGAGCGUACGGCCCGCCUUUGUCUGGCAUCAACGAGGCGUUGACCGAGAACGGCAUUGAACAAGUCCGCAUUCGUGAGGCUGAUAGACAAGUUGUGAGAGGCACGGAAGCGAACUCCCUACUGAGGAUUGAGCCUACGCUGGACAACAAGACAAGCUCGAGUCUCUUGGAGAUGCUGAAGACGUUCUCCACGCUUCCAUCUCAUGGGUCAGAGACAGAUCACGGCACAUCAGUUGGCCAAGACGAGCAGAAGACGGAGGCUGCUAGCUCCACUGCUACGAGCAAUCGUAAAUUGGGGCAACCUCUGAUUGAGCUGGAAUCCGUCGUUAUCAAGUACGGCGACAAAGUUGUUCUUGGGCACCCAUCACCACAAGCGGGGCACGAUAAGGCCGGCUUGAAUGUCACGAUCAGCGAAGGCACACGACUCGCACUUAUUGGGCCCAACGGAAGCGGCAAGACUACAUUCUUAUCUCUGCUCACUUCGGACCAUCCUCAGUCAUACUCGCUGCCGAUCAAAUUCUUCGGCAGAUCGCGCCUGCCACAGCCCGGUGUGCCAGGUCUUUCAUUGUGGCAGAUCCAAUCCCGCAUCGGUCAUUCCGCACCAGAAGUUCAUGCCUUCUUCCCGAAGUCUCUCAGCGUGCGACAGGUGCUCGAGUCUGCGUGGGCAGAGACAUACGUAUCUAAACCAAAGUUGAGCUAUGCUCGUGAUCAAACGGUCGAUGCGUUUCUCUCUUGGUGGGAACCUGAACUCCGCCAGGAUUGGAAGCCAGCAAAGAUCCCUCCGCGAUUUGUAACUCGCAAUAAGCCUGUCAACAUUGCUACGCGUGGGCUGCGCGAGCUCAUCGAAUAUUCGUAUCCGCCCUUCAUCAAGGACGAGAGUAGCCGCUGGACGGCCACUAUGACGAACGUGUUCACGCAAAAUGGAUCAUACAAACACUCUGCGAACCUUGACUGGGCCGAUGACACAUCCACCCAUCGUUUCGGCUUGCUGCCAUUUGCUGCACAGCGGCUCUUACUGCUACUUCGCGCCAUCAUCAAGCAGCCAGAUGUUCUGAUACUAGACGAAGCAUUCUCGGGUCUGUCAUCCUUCGUUCGCGACAAGGCUAUGCUUUUCUUGGAGCACGGUGAGACGAAAUACUUGCCGGGCAGUCCUGAUCUGGCUUUCAUGAGAAACGACAUGGUUGACCCGCCUUCUCACAACGGCCAGCCGAUCGACAACAAAAGGAUUCACGUCAAUCGACUUGUUCAGUCAAGCGACUCCUACUUGCAUGCGUAUCUACAGAGCAUAGAGAAAUAUGACCAGCCCGGCCAAAAUUUCAGCCCCAGUAUGUUGAAAGACCGAGGUUGGGAAGUCCAAAUGGCAGAUCAACUGCUGGAAUAUUCCAAACGAACUGCACAAGAACGUCUCGAAGGCGCCAGGAACUUGGGCUACGACACGCCUACGUACAACGGGCUGACUGACAAGCAAGCCUUGGUUGUAGUAAGCCAUAUCAAAGAAGAAGUUCCUGCCAUGUGCGAUGAGUUUAUCAGGCUUCCGGGCGAGGAAGAAGUGAUCGAGGACAGUCGAGCUGUUGAGAUGGGGUACGUUGGCCGCGGUGGCAUCAGUGACAAGUGGAACUGGCUUUGGCAGUCGCGGAAAAGCUGA